AUGGGCUGGCGCGCGCUCGCCGUCGCGGCCGCGGCGGCCGCCAGUGAUUGCACGGACGAGCCGCUCUGGCUCGACGGCGCGCGCGCGGCCUGCGACGCGGCGCUCUGCGGCGCGUGGUUCUGCGGCGACUGCCCCUUCGCGGGCGCCUGCAACCGGACCUGCGGUCUCUGCGACGCGGCGGAGCCGUGCGCCGGCGGCGAGGCGCGGGACUGCGACGGCCGCUGCACCGCUGCGACGGCGCGACGCGACGGCUGUUGUGCGUCGCGGUUUAACUGUGCCUCCCACGACUUUGAUGCGGGAGACUGCGAGCCGCCGGUAUCAAAUGAAGAAGCCCCGGCCUCGGAUUGGUGUAUAUUACUCACCGCGACGGUCUGUCCGCCGUCGGCCAUGACGCACACCGUAUUAAGGGACGCCGUCGCACGACGGCGGGACUACGUCGCUGUUUUAGAGAGCUACGCGGCCUCGUCGAAACGACCGCUCGUCGUCGUCGAGAACUCCGGAGCACAUCUAGGGGAGCUGCGACGGGCGGCACCGUCGGCGCACUUCGUCUCGUUCACGGACGACGAGGUCGACGCGAGCAAGGGCAAGGGCCACGCCGAGCACCGCGCGAUCCGGCGAGCAUUGCCAGCUUUACAAAGGUGCCGGCGGAUCGUGAAAAUCACGGGCCGCUACUUCGUCGAAGGUCUGGAUGCGGUGCUCGAUACGGUUGAUGCGGACAUCGUCGUCCAAUCCACGCCGUCGCCCUGGUCGCUAGGCGACGGCGUGCUCCGGAGUGAGGUGAUUGGCUUCGACGCGUCUUUGCUCGACGCGUUGCUGGGCGGCCAGGACGAGUCGCGGGGCCGGCCCGCGGAGCGGGCGCUCUUCGAAGGCGUUCAAAAACUCGAGCGGGCGGGGCGGACCGUCGCCCGCUUUCCCGCGCUGCGAGUGCGGCCGACGCGCAACGCGGAGCUGAGCACUGUGGUUUCGGAGCUGUAAUCAUGUUGUUACUUAUAUCCGUCUGCCUUCGCGGACCCGCACCAUGAGUUCAAGUUUUUGGAAUCUAGAACUCCCCCAUCAUUUGACGCUGCCAAAAGAAGACAGACGCUGCCUUCGCAAGUGUAACGCCGCUAAGGGCUACAAUCAAGCCAGCUCCGUCGAUCAUGGUUGCUUGGCUGCUCCUUGUGCCCGUCGCGGCAGCGUUCACGCUGCCACCAUCCCAUUCCAGAGUCCAUAGGCAGCCCCGCGCGGCGGCGAGCAGCGCGGACGAUGCCGGGAUGCGAGACAUGUACCUGAACCGCCUCGGCGUGCGUCCCAUCGGCGUCCCCGUGAGACGCGCGCGCCGCGACACAUGCGCGCUACGCAGGUCGACGCCGCCAUCGUGGACCGAGCACCGAACGCGGAGGACCUCCAGGCGUUGCUGACCGCGCAUCUUUCGUCAAUUCCUUUUGAGAACCUUGGACAGCACAACCAUCCGUCCGAGGGACUGCCCUUCAUCGGCACGCCUGCCGUUUCCAAGCCGUUAUUACCAACGCUCGACGUCGACGCGUGCCUGAGCAAGCUCGUCGAGAAAAACAGGGGAGGUUUUUGCUUCGAACUCAAUUUCUCCUUCGCGUGGCUCCUGCGCCAGCUGGGCUACAGCGUCCGCCUGGGCCGCUCCGACGUCUUCGGCCCGCCCGGCACUCCGCCCAACAAGGGACAUUUGGUCAUCUUUGUGGACGGCCUCGGAGCGGACCCAUUGCUCGUCGAUCCCGGUUUCGGCGACGCGAUCCGCACAAUCUUCUCCGUCAAGGGCGGCGCGACCGAUCCUGCGCUCGGCGAAAAGUACAAUCUCGCGCCAUCCGCUGGCUUCGGCCUAGAAGAGUUUGGUCUUGCUGAGCGGUUUUCCCACGUCCUGAUGCGCGAGCGAAGCGUUGGCUCAGCAACAGCCUUCUUCGAUAUUGUGGGAGCUCCUCCGCCGCCGCCGGAGCCUAUGCCCCCAAUUCCGGUCUACGCCCUGAAUUUAGAAGAUGACCUCCCGUACGAUUCGCCGGAAUUCGUCGAGGGCCUUGCGGCCGUGCUCGACGAAGACCCCGAGAAGAACAUCUUCCAAGCGAAGCGUAGCGCCCCGGUGUCCUCUUCCCUUCGACUCGUACGGUCGUGACGGCGACGUGUGUGUUCCGCCCGCAGGCCUCUGCGUCCUCGCCAAGGACGACGGUCAUGUCAUGCUCGGCAAGGACUACAUCAAGACCGUCGAGCGCGGCGUCGAAGUCAGCCGCACGACUCUUUCCACGGAGAAGGAGUGGCGCGACGCCCUCGAGGCCAACUUCGGCAUCACGCUCUAA